GUAGUGCAAAGCUUACCUAGUAGCUUCAAGGUCGAGCUUCUUUCAAUGAUUUCGUAACUUUUACAUCUUAUUCUUCAGCUUCCGUCAUUUCGAUAACCACUUCUAACGGUAGCACGUUUGAAUUGGCCACCCGUGACAAUGGCUACCGCGGAUAAUCCUCUUCUCCUGCUACGCCAAGCAAUCACCCAGAAAAAGACGAUUUUCCCAACCGCGUCCGACGACGAAUCCGCUGAAGAAGUUCCCUUGUCGCAAGCAACGCAUCUCACCUUCCUACUACCCUCUCGUGUCUCCGUCCCCCUCGAUUCCCAGACUAGAUUCUCCUCCCAUGAGACAUUCGUCAACCUGCGCAGCAUUUACUUUGCCUGGCUGAACCGAGAAAACGCGAUCCCGGAGUACAAUGCAUCCGUCGCGCAGCUCAACGAGGAGCUUGGUGACAAGGGCCAAGUUCGCAAUCUCCUCUUCGUCGAACGAUUGGAUCUGAUCACAUGGUUAGAAGGAGCUAGCGAUCACACCGAAUACAUCAAGUUUCUAGCCAGUGACAAAGAUGCUUCAACCUCGGUCGCUGCUCUGGCGUCUAAGGGAGCAACCGCCCCUGCAGCUUCUACAGGAUUAGGAAGAUCUGGAAAGGGUUCGAUCGACCCGCGACUUGCGAUUACGCUUAGUGGGGAGCGAAAGAUGGGCAAUCGGAACAGCGUGCUUCGAGGCAUCAAGCCUACGGACUUCUCUCACGUACGCAAACUUGCCGCACCGUUGAUGUCUAAGAAAUCACAAUCCGCUUCAGCAUCAAGCAUCCCGAGCAAUCCUACGCUGGCGACGCACAAGAAACCGCGCCGACCCGACCCGAUCAUCCUUCUCUCCCCUUCCGCCUCCUCCCUCCUUCGCAUGACGAACAUCAAGUCCUUCCUCGAGAACGGCCAGUACGUCCCUCCGAACUCGUUGUCUGCUAGUUCUAGCACGGGUGCGAGCAUGUUACACAUCAACCGUCUGAUCAAGGAUAUCGACCCGAACCGACCUAUGAGAUUUAUUCUCGUCGAAGGUCCUGAGCAAUUCAAGCCGGAGUACUGGAACCGCGUAGUCGCCGUCUUCACCACUGGCCAGAGCUGGCAGUUCAAGAAUUACAAGUGGAGCAACCCCACCGAACUUUUCCGUCACGUUCUCGGCGUCUACGUCGGCUGGCGAGCUGACAAACCCCCCGAGGCCGUCCGCAACUGGGGACAUCGCGUUAUGAGCGUCGGCAUAGAUCCUUGGAAGGAGCCGGUGCAGGGUUCCAUCGACUCGACUCGAUGGAGAGACAGGGAGAUUGUGGAACACAUCUGGAAGACGAUCGAGGGCAAUAUGAGAAACAAGGGUUGGCGACGAGAUCAAGCUCCCACGUCGAUAUGAGAACGAUCAACUGCGAUCUUAUCCUACACUCUCACCAAGACCCGGAUCUAAGCCCCGAAAGACCAACAUCGAGAACGCUUCAAGGUAGUCCGGGCUUUGGAUGGUCUUGUCCGGCCAUGAAUCUACUUGUUCUCCGCGACCUUCUUAUGGCGCGCAAGCACUAAGGUUGUAAUUUGCUAUUUCUGUACUACUAAGGACAAAAAGGACCUAUCUGAUCGAGCAACGGUCCAUCAUGAAGGCGUUGGGAUUUUUAUAAGCUGCGCAAUGAAGCCUACAGAUGAUGGCUUUUCUACCUGGGUACAAGAAGAUGUCGUGUUGGUAGCAUAGCACCGGCGAACGGUUAAUGAAAUGAUAUCAUAAGCAUAAUGUUUUGCUGUCUAAAUCUACCUAGUGUUAAAUGUGGUGUAGAUGAGCUUGGCCGAAGGAUAUCGUCUCAAUUGACAACUCUAGACAGACCCAAAAUCGGAUUAGUAUUCAAAUCUCGAGUAUACUCAAAUUCGAUAAUCAGAUAGACUAAAUUUCGGCGUUACUUCGCCGGCGAAUAUAGUGAGCUCAGCUGUGAAGAUUCGCGCGAUAGGCGCCGUAGAUCACAACUACGCCAAA